GUGGACCGUGGCACUCUCAGCAGAUGACUACACAAACAAUGUGGUUGAGUGAAUUGCCCGCUAGAUUAACGAACUGACCAGACGUAGGUGACGUUGUGCUGGUUAGGUCGUAUCUAAUCGUGAAUAGCGGCUGGGAUGCGGUGUCGACAUGGGAAACAUUUUUGGCAGAAAGAAACGCACUCGCGUGACAGAGCAAGACAAGGCGGUUCUGCAACUGAAACAGCAGAGAGAUAAACUGAGGCAGUAUCAAAAGAAGAUAAAUCUGCGGCUGGAUAAGGAGAGACUUCUUGCCAAACAGCUGCUGAAAGAUGGCAAAAAAGAGAAGGCACUCCUCUUGCUCAAGAAGAAGCGCUACCAGGACCAACUCUUGGACAAGACAGAGAAUCAGAUAAGCAACUUGGAGCGCAUGGUUCAAGACCUUGAGUUUGCCCAGAUUGAAAUGAAGGUCAUUGAGGGGCUGAAAGUUGGGAAUGACUGUCUGAAAAAAAUGCAUGAGGUGCUGUCCAUUGAGGAGGUGGAACGGAUUAUGGAUGAGACCCAAGAUGCCAUUGAAUAUCAAAGGGAAAUAGAUGAAAUGCUGGCAGGAUCUCUGACAGAAGAAGAUGAAGAUGCAAUACUGGCUGAGCUGGAGGCCAUCACUCAGGAAGAGGUUGAACUUCCCGAUGUUCCCUCAGAAGCUUUGCCAGAGGGUCCAGAAGAGACAGAGGAAAAGCCAGAGAUGGAUCAUCCAAGGAAGAAGCAAGAGCGUGAGAUGCUUGCUGCCUAGAGACUUGCCUCCCUCGGGUGACCUGGUUACUCCUGGUCCUGCUCUAGAUGAUGCAGUCCAACACACAAAUACACGCACAGGGGAAAUCUUCCCCUUUCCGACGUCUACUGUACUGCUACUCUUAUCUCCUGUACUGAUGAAGACUGGACCAUCAUACCACUCCACCACAGUCUGUGGCCUCUCCAUCUAGCUUGCACUACAGGCCAACAACCUCUCUGGCCCCAACUGCAAGCUACUUAGUCCUAUGAAUGGUCAGUCAUCUAGUAAAUCAGCUCCAGCACCUAGUAUCUCUGGGGAAAUGUUAAAAUCAUAAAAAGAGCCGCAAGAUACCAAUUAUUGUGCCUAUGCUUUGCUGCUGUUUAAUCAGUGUAUUUUUAUGUUCAGACCUCUGCAAAAGAGCAAAAUAUCCAUCUUAUUUGGGAUAAAUUCAUUUACUAACA